GGCGCUGGUUGGUCAGUCGGGCUGGGGCGGAGCUCCGCGAGGAACUGUGGCGGCGGCCGACUCCGAGCGGAGCAGGACCUUGGAGUGGUGCCGUCGCGAGUGAAGCCCCCAGCCCAGCCAUGGCGUACGGCGGCCUCACUGUGCCCAUCAUCGUCAUGAGCGUUUUCUGGGGGGUAGUCGGCGGCAUCCUGCCCUGGUUCGUGCCCAAGGGGCCCAACCGCGGUGUUAUCAACACAAUGCUGGUGACCUGUGCUGUUUGCUGUUACCUCUUUUGGCUGAUUGCGAUCCUGGCCCAGCUCAACCCUCUCUUUGGUCCACAGUUAAGCAAUGAAACAAUCUGGUAUCUUCAGUAUCAUUGGCCUUAAGGAUGUCUGUCUUCUCUGCUGCCUUUUUUGUGGACUAGGUAAAGAAGAUAUUUCCUCUAGAUGUAAAAACUACAUUGAUCCAAAGAUGCCCUUAACAUAGCUGGUUGGAUACCAAACCUGCUUAAUGCCUUAAUGUUUGUAUUGUGCUUAAAAUGGCUUGUUCAAAGCCUUAUAUUUUUCUCCUGGUUUCCUUUUACACUGUUUAACAAUGUGCCUAAUACGUAAGAUUUAUACCUUUUUCUGUGCUAUAAACUUCUACUUGUUUCAAUUACACUUGAAAAUUAAGUUAUAAUUUUUUUUUCUGGGAUAUGUGAGUUUGAGGGCAGCCUCUUCCUUGUCCUUGGUGUUGCACAUUCUCCAUGAGUUUCAUGAAACUUCCACACGCUAGGCUGCCUAUUUAUAGUGUAAUACACAGGCAUUUUCUGUUUGACUACAAUUGCAUAAAAUAAAGUGUACAACAAAACUGGUGGCUGGGAGAUGCUGCCACGUGUUUAUGGCAUUUAUUUUUACAAUGGAUUGUAUUCUCAAAAAGUUUAAUCUUAAAUUUCUGUGUACAUGGGAAUAAAAUGAAUCUGCUGCUUUAUAUGAAA